GGUCUUUUGGUAAAAAAAUAUCAUAACCUGUUGAACCAGGCAUCAGGCAAGGAAGAUAAGACGGUACACUAGUUCCUUAUUUUGAGCUUGACAUGGUUUUUAGAAUUCCACUUUUUGCAGCUUUGGUUGCAGUUUGCUUUUGUAAUGCGCCAGAUACUUUUAGAAUAGAUGGAAAGCAAAGCUUAGAAGAAUAUAAAAGCCCACCAUCACCUUAUAAUUUUGAAUUCAAUACUAAAGAUGAGAACGGAACGUCUCAGUUCAGAUCAGAGACAAGUGAUGGCAAAGGAAAAAUAGAGGGACGUUACGGGUACAAAGACGCCUUUGGAAUUGAGCGAAUUGUAGAAUACGUUGCUGAUGAAAAUGGCUACAGAGCGCAAAUCAAGACUAAUGAACCGGGUAUUGAAAGCAAAAGUCCAGCAAGCGCGCAAUUUUACACGAAUCCUCUACCAUCAACAUACCGUGCUGCGCAAGCCAGUAAAAGCUUCGUUGCACCUGCCACCAGCAGCAUUCAGCAGCAAUCUUUCACGGCACAUGGAUCGCAGCAGGAAUUUGCUACUGUUCAUAAGGCACAAGAGAGCCAUGUUAUGAAGCAACACCAUGAUUUCAAGCGAUUGGGUGCUGAAACUGCAAUUACUAAAGAUACAUCAUCUAUGAAAGCUGCUGAUACUAAGAAACCAACAGCUUCUUCUGCAUUUUUCACGCUUGGUGCAACAGAGGAAAAGAAAAAAUUUCAUUUUGCUGACAAAGAGCAUAAGCAAACAUCUGCACCUCAAUCUGUAGCUCAUUUUGUGCAACAAACGGCUUCAACACCUCUUUCCCACACUUCUCCAGCGGAAAGCUCGUUUGUGCAGUUUGCGUCAGCACAGAUGUCUAAAUCUCAGCAACAAUUCCGCAGCCCAUUGGACCGAAGCUCGUCUGCGCAUCCACAGCAACAAUUCCAAAGCUCAUUCGUGCAGCAAACACCAGCGCAAUCGCCUCAACCACAGCAACAAUUCAAAGGAACAUCGGGCCCACAUUAUUUUUCUCAAAGUGGCUCUCAGCCCUUAGUUUUUUUCCUAGCCCAUCAAGGUCAACAAGUCGUAUCUCAAAGUGGUCCACAAAAAGGACAAUUUGAAGGGGCCCAGCAGCCACAAUUCCGUUUCCACACUGGAUUCGUUCAACAACCAAAUGCACCAUUCACAAUUUUCCAACAAUAAGGAAAAAUCUCUUAAAACUUUUCCGGUUCCUAGAUCUCAGUGAUUAAUUUUAUGUUGCGUUGAUGCAUUUGCUGUCGGCGUUGUUAAGUCUUGUCUAAAAAUUUAUGUUCAGAAUGUAUGUUGCGAUAACUGUAUUAUUUUUUGCAUCCUUAAUGAAACCUGCCAAUA